AUGAAUCUGGUAAUAUCGAUCGCCUAUCGUUGCCGUUUGACACGGAAUCUUCUAUUCAGUUUCUGUGGCCUAAGUCCGGUCAAGCGUGUGUGAUCGGUGGGGCAUAUUUACACUAAAAUGAUGAAGAGGCAUCCGAUUAAAAGCUUCAUGCAAAUCUCAACGUUUAUCAUGUUUAAGUAUUUGGUUUAUGUAUGCUGUCAAAACAGGGAACGCCAGUAUAAUGAAGCAUUAUUCAAGCUGGCUGAUUCGAGCAACAGUUUCUCGUCUGAGGACAUCCUUUAUGUACGUAACACAUCAGAAUCUCUCCUUUGUGUCACCCAUUGCCUUCAACACGCCCGAUGUGUCGGGGUGAGGUUUGCCCCUAGCACCGGUCAGUGUUACAUGUACGCGGCCUACCAGACACAGACAACCACGGGGACCGGAACGACUGGGGACAAAUACUACAUUAUGGAAGGAGGAUGCGGUUCACUCAAUCCCUCUCAGUCCUUUGUCUAUUGGAGAGAAGGUGGGCUUGCUGCAAAAGCCGUGUGCAACGGUACACAAGCUUUCCUGGGUAUCAAUACCACUGUUUGGUGCAUUCCAACAUCCCCUACAUGGACACCAGCGCCUGGAAAGUGUGUUAGCAGAACUCCUCUUAGCGUCCGUGGAAAAUAUAUACAUGCUUUGGAUUCUGGAUUGUCUUUUGUUGGAACGCCAACAGGAAACAUGUUUAGCAUUUUCUUCGUCACUGCAAAUGGAGACUAUGCACUGAAGAUUAAGGUAUUAAUCGACCAGCUGACUGUGGCGAGGAAGUUUCGUGUUGCUUCAACCUGGCAGGAGAGUGAGUCUGACUUGUUGUCCCCUUUCCCGUUUGAAAUGGCAAAGAAGUUUACGAUGGAUAUAGUUUCAACUGAAACAGAAUUCCAGUGCAAGGUAAAUGGUGCAAUGUUGUUUACCUUUCAACAUCGUCUCCAGAGAGACAGCGUGGACAUAAUUAGAAUAUUUGCGGGAGUCAACUUAGAAAAAGUUUUGUUGAUUUGAACCUUCGAUAAUUAUUAGGCGUUAUUCUAUGUGCAGGAGCAGAGACUUAAGAAAGAUAAAAAAAACUCGUUUGUUAUGAGAGUGUUCUCGUCUUGGAUCUACCUAUUUGUAUGGUUUAUGUCAUAAUAUCUGCCAUCACACAUGGAUGCAGCCGGUUGUUUGUUUAGCUCAUCAGCGUCAUAAGCGUGUUUGCUUUAAAGUCUCCUCCAGAAUCGCUUGAUGGAAUGAAUUGAUAAUCACUCAAUGGAGCUGAUACAAAAGCCCUUUUGUUUUUAGAAUUGUUCCAUUCUCGGGUCCAUUAAUUUGCAUUUUUAAUGUCACAACAUUUGCGAACACACAUUUAUGUUGUUUUUAAUAGAAUAUUGACAUAGGACGUUUACCUGAAUUCUACUUUAGAACCGCGUGAUGGAUUGAGUUCAUAAUCAAUAAGUAUAUGGCGGGCCACAAGAGGAUACGACUUUGAGCAGGGCAUUAGGACAUACCAUUUUUCCUCUAAAAGACGGGCGUCUUUUAAUUUCGCCGGUGUCUAUUCUGUGUAAUGUUGGAACAGUGACAACUUACUAGCUUACCACAUUCCAUAUUCUACAGUCAUACAAAGGGUGCACUUGGAGGAAACGGUCAUUAUUAAUCACAAACAAAUCACAGUAUUAGAGAUCCGGCGUCUAAUAGAGGCCCAGCUUUUAAUUUUUCGACAGGGCGUAUGACCCGGCGUCAAUUAGAGGGCGGCAUGAAUUGGAAGUCCGGCGUGUACUACAAGAAAUUAGGUAUUUAUUUUGAAAAAUAACGAGACCCUAAAUGCCAAACACAUGUUUAGAUUACUUCUUAGCGAUCCCGAAAACUAAGUUCUUGCAAGAAACAAAAACAAGGUGUCUCAUAAUCGACAAUAUUGUUAGAUCACCAGCAACAAGGUUAAGGUCACCAUACUAGGGACCAAGGGGACUUACGGUACCUCUGCUACCUGCAUGGUUCCCCAUUGCCAGCAGGAUGGACAAGUAUGAUAGCCCCAAAACAUUUAUAUGUAGGUGUUCAUGAAUGUACAGAAAAGAGAAAAUGUAAUUUUACUUGUUUGUUCAUUUGUUGUUUUACACCAGUCAGCAAAAGUCAAGCUGUAUAACGACGACCAGUAAAUCAUCAAAUCUGGACCAGACAAACCAGUGGAUGAAAUAAUGAGCAUCGUUCCACAACCUCUAAGUACAGUCUUAACCCGGGCGUGCCCCAUGGGAUUCAUGCGUCCUAAACCUGUUAGAGUAAAGUAAUGCGGAACAAUCAUCUAUAAACUUUAAACGUCAACAGUUUAAAGUCCCCAUUGUUUUCAAUAGAAACUAAAUGUUUUCCAGCUGGUUGUUUUGUGCCCCGAAACAUAAGCAAAUGCAGUAAACCUGAAGUGAAUAAAGUGGAAUACUAUAGUUGUAUUUUGUUGACUGUUUGCAUUUUACAAGUGUUACAGAGAAUUAAAUAAAACACAUCAAAACAUCACCGGUCGUAUGAGCAUCGAUCCUUGCAAUUGAGACACGAUGACAUGCAAUCAACGAAGUCAUAGAUCCUUUUAGUCGCCCUUUACAACAAGCAGUGGCUGCUGGAGACCUAUAUUCUCAAUCAAAAUGCCCACGGGUAGCGAGGAUGGUUGCGGCAGUUUGUUUCAAGAGUAUCUUCCACAUGGUACACUAAGCUGUCAGCAGAUUGUAAAAAAAGGAAUCAAUAUAUUUCACGAGAAUCUGUAUAAUAUUUUAACAUCUGAAAAUGACAUGUACGAGCUCGUAUAUUCUCUGUGGCGGAUUAUUCCGCACUGGAACAAAGGCUGACUUUAUUGAAGAUGUAAUAGUUGAACAAACAGAAAAGCAUUGCCAGCCGCGUUACGACUUUAUACUAGAUUCUUU